GUGAAGCCAAGCCGGAGGGUGUGGGGAGCAGUGACCUGAGUUCCUCGCUCACUGAUGUUCCUAGUCUCCGUAGCUGGCCUCGGGGACGCCCAGGAGGCAGAGCCUAUCUGGUGACUCUGAGAACCAUUUGACUGCUGCUUUAGCCACCAUUGCAGGAGUGGCAAGAUCCCACCUGCUAGGUGAAGGACAGAUCAGUCACUUUUGACCUGUACCUGCUGGUCCUGACUUCUAGAGGUCCAGGAUGGGUGAAUUCAAUGAGAAGAAGGCAACAUGUGGCACAGUCUGCCUCAAGUAUCUGCUGUUCACCUACAACUGCUGCUUCUGGCUGGCUGGCCUGGCUGUCAUGGUGGUGGGCAUUUGGACACUGGCCCUCAAGAGUGACUACAUUAGUCUGCUGGCCUCAAGCACCUACCUAGCCACAGCCUACAUCUUAGUGGUGGCUGGUGUUGUUGUCAUGGUGACUGGAGUCCUGGGCUGCUGUGCCACUUUCAAGGAGCGACGGAACCUGUUACGCUUGUACUUCAUCCUGCUCCUCCUCAUCUUCCUCCUGGAGAUCAUUGCUGGCAUCCUGGCCUAUGUCUAUUAUCAGCAGCUGAACACAGAGCUCAAGGAGAAUCUGAAGGACACCAUGAUCAAGAGAUACCAUCAGUCAGGCCAUGAGGGUGUGACCAGUGCUGUAGACAAGCUGCAGCAAGAGUUCCACUGCUGUGGCAGCAACAACUCUCAAGACUGGCGAGACAGUGAGUGGAUCCGCUCUGGUGAGGCAGACAACCGUGUGGUUCCUGACAGCUGCUGUAAGACGAUGGUAACUGGCUGUGGCAGGCGGGACCAUGCCUCCAACAUCUAUAAAGUGGAGGGCGGCUGCAUCACUAAGCUGGAGACCUUCAUUCAGGAGCACCUGCGGGUCAUUGGGGCUGUGGGCAUUGGCAUCGCCUGUGUGCAGGUCUUCGGCAUGAUCUUCACCUGCUGCCUGUACAGAAGCCUCAAGUUGGAGCACUACUGACCAUGUAGCCAGGCCAGGCGGCCCAGCCUUGCAAUAUGUCCCAGCCCCACUACUGAACACUACUGACUUAAAGACUGCUGACUGCCAGAGGUAGCUGCCCUCACCAUGACCCCUGGCAACUCCACCUCAGGGGCAGCUUCAAGUGCCUUUCACUGCACAGCAAAGUCCCAAAGCUUGAGGCCGCAUCCUUGCCCCAGCGCUAAGAAGAGGGGGGCAGGUAUGCCAGUGCUGGGCUAGGCCUGGCUAGAAUAGGGUUUAGAUUAUUUGACAGAAGUGCCUCUUAUGCACAGACUGCUUCCCAUUGGGUAGCUGUGACCCUAUAGGAAGUCUGGGGAGAACCUGGGUAAAAGCAGGCAGGAAGGGGCCUUUCUAGUUGGGCUAGACACCUUUCAUGCCUGCUGCGGGGAACCCUCAGCUCUGCUUGCCCCAAACAAAUGGGGCAAGCUUCUAACAGCCUCAGCCCUGGCUUUUCCCCACUACUGAUAACACUAUGUAAGUGCUCUGUGUUCCUGUACACUGUCUUCUUUUAGAACACCCCUGAAUGGAGCAUGGUUGCUCUCACUGCUGUAUCCCAGAUGCCCACAAAUGCUCCUGCUAUGUAACAGGUGCUCAAUAAAUGUAUGAGUAGUCAGUUUGCUGACAGGACCUUA